AUGGUAGACGCGUGGCGUCAAGCGCUGGCGAGCCAUCCGGAUACAGGUUUCGCUAGCUACAUCGCAAGUGGUUUGUCUCGGGGAUUCCGGAUUGGUUACGAUUACAACAAAACAAAAGCAAGACGAUCCCGCAGGAAUAUGAAAGUGGCCAAAGCAAACGCCGCGAUUAUCGACAGUUACUUGCAAGAGGAGUGCGCGGCAGCACGUAUCUCGUGUCCUGACGAGCGUAGAGCAGCGGAGGCUCACGUCAGCCCUAUGGGGGUAAUUCCAAAAGCUCACCAACCAGGUCGAUGGCGCCUUAUCGUAGAUUUGUCAUCCCCUCGCGCAGCGAGCGUCAACGAUGGCAUUGCACCUAACUUGUGCUCCCUCUCAUACGUUAGUAUAGACGUGGCGGCACGGAAAAUAUGCGAGCUGGGAACAGAGGCUAUGAUGGCAAAGCUUGAUAUACAGAGCGCAUAUCGGCAUAUCCCCGUUUGCCCAGACGAUCGUCAUCUCUUGGGAAUAUCGUGGAAAUGCAAGGUGUACCUCGACCGAGCUUUACCUUUUGGCUCGCGCUCGGCCCCCAAAAUAUUUUCUGCUGUAACAGACGCGCUAAUGUGGAUUAUGUCCUGCCGAGGCAUAACAGCCGGCAUACAUUAUUGGACGAUUUUCUAUUUUUUUGGACGUCCGCAAGCAUCUGAAUGCGAUGAGAACCUUGCAAAAGCAUUAAGUAUAUGCAACGAGCUAGGCGUGCCGGUAGCUACAAACAAGCUCGAGGGGCCCACAACGUGCUUGACAUUUUUGGGUUUGCAGCUCGACUCGCAGCAUGGGAUCAUCAGCUUACCAGCCGUUAAGCUGCAGAAAGUAAAAUCCACAAUUGCGGAAUGGCUAACGCGCCGCGCCUGCACGAAGCGCCAGCUGCCCUCUCUGAUUGGUACGCUGCACCACGCAACUUCAGCGGUGAAAGCAGGUCGAGCGUUUCUGCGUCGGCUAAUCGAUCUUGCAGGUACCGUUAAGCAAUUGCAUUACUGGAUGCGUAUUAACAGCGAGGCGCGGGCGUAUCUUUGGUGGUGGGACGCAUUUCUUGAAAGCUGGAACGGAAAAAGCAUUAUCAACACUUUGGUAUCACGGCCACCAGCGAUCCAGCUUACCUCGGACGCAUCAGGCUCGUGGGGAUGCGGAGCCAUUUGGCGGUGCAACUGGUUUCAAUGGAAAUGGUCACGCGAAUGGGAGGAAAUCAGCAUCGCACCGAAAGAACUGCUACCAAUUCUACUAGCAAGCGCUACAUGGGGAAAAGUUUGGCGCGGCGAAAUAAUGCUGUUUCGAUGUGACAAUCAGACUGUGGUGUUGGCUCUGCUAAAUCGUCUAGCCGAGAUAAGAUCGUCAUGCAAUUGCUGA